GAUUUUUAUGGAGUGAACCUUUUAGUUGCGUCAUCGUGGACCUCCUCUGGUGAUGCAAAACCCAUAAACGAUGAGUCUGUUGAGGCCCUUGAUGAUGUUCAAGCCCUUGUUCUCUCUGCCACAGACAUGGAGAGCAUCUGCUCUAAAUCCAAGUCGCAUUUCAAGAAGUUGUGCAUGGUGACAUUACUUAAGAAAGUGGAAAUCUUUCAACAAAUGGACGGACAAGUGUUGAAAGCAAUCUCCAAGCGUCUUAAGCCCAUGAACUUCAAUGCCAAGCAGUAUAUUCUUAAAGAGAAAAAACCACUUAAUAUGAUGUUCUUCGUUGUGCGGGGAGCUGUAUUAAUUAAAAGCGUAAGUGCUAUGGACGCGAACGUGAAAAAAACCUGUGAAUUGGGAAGUUUCUAUGGAGAAGAACUUGUACAUUGGGUUACAACUUGGGUAUCACACCAGACCUUUCCUACCAAACUUCCCUUGUCACCUGAUUCUGCGCUAUGCCCCUACCAUGGUGGUUCUGUGGAAAUACUUGCUCUCAAAUCCGACGACUUGAAGAGUGUACUCUCUGAUUUCACCCUCCCUACAGAUUCUGAUCAGCCUCUGGACUGGUUGACCACCCUAAAGAACGUGGAAAGGCUUGAGACUAUGGGUGUGGAAGUUUUGAAAAAAAUAUGUGGGUAUCUUGAGCUCAGAACGUAUGAAGAUGCGUACAUUAUUCAAAAGGAUAAACCAAUCGAAAUGAUGUUCUUCAUCAUGAGCGGAGUUGUGUCAGUGACAGAUGGGAGCUCGAAACAUUAUUACCGCAAUGAAGGAGGAUGUCCAAAUCACAGCGGAGAUGACCUCAUAGAACAUUGGCUAAAAUCUAAAUCUACAAGCGUUCCUGCCAAAUUGCCCACCUCUCCUUUUAGUUUUUGGGCCAUCGGUGAAGUUGAAGUUCUGGUUCUGAAGUCCGAUGACUUGGCAAAGGUUCAGCCUGGUGAUCAAAUUCGUUAG